AUGACGAUCUGUACUUACAGUGCCCGAACGCUUGCAUCGGAUGCGGCCAUUGAAGAUCUGAUGAUGCUAGCCAGGAAGUUUCAGUAUGACGUCAUCGGAGUGACCGAGAUGAGACGACGUCACCCACUGAAGGCCACUGAAAGCACUGGAGAAGAACUGUUCUUAGGAACAUGCGACAGAAGAGGAGUUACUGGAGGUGGUGUCUUCGUCAACACGAAUAUCGCAAUGAAUAUCGAUUCUUCCGAACAACGAAUGAGAAGAUGUGGUCCAACGGCAGCUUUGAGAAUCUUGGUAGAAUAUUCGUAG